CUCCUUGCUUUGGGAGGGCAACCUGUGAUUAGCCAAGGAAGGAGGCGAAGCGCGCUCCAAUUGGCUAGUAGGCGCGGCUUAUGAGUCCCGCCUCCUGCUGAGGGACAGGCCUGGCUGCGCGGGGUUGUAGUUUGGCUGAGGGACGGGCCCGGCGAGGAAAGGGACGCUGGCCUGCCAGUUCACACUCUCUUCCCCACCUGAUGUUGGGGACCUUCCUUCACUUACUUCCAAGAGGUCACUGGUCACUGGUUCCUGAAGCAGGAAACUGCGCCCACUGUAGGGUCCAUACCUUGGGCGACUGACCCUCGCUGCUGACUGGCCACAUCUCCCUCAUGCCGCUUGGACUAGGCCGACGGAAGAAGGCCCCACCGCUGGUGGAGAAUGAGGAAGCCGAGCCCAUUCGCAGUGGCCUGGGUGGGCUGGGGGUAGGCAGCGUUGGUGUGGUUGGCGGGGCACUUCAGCCUGGCCUUCCCCCACCCCCUGCCAGUCUCCGCCCUCGACUUGUGUUCCACACCCAGCUGGCCCAUGGAAGCCCCACUGGCCGGAUUGAGGGCUUUACCAAUGUCAAAGAACUGUACAGUAAAAUUGCUGAGGCCUUUAAAAUCUCACCAGCCGAGGUGAUGUUCUGCACCUUAAAUACCCACAAAGUGGACAUGGAAAAACUGUUGGGUGGCCAGAUUGGCCUAGAGGAUUUCAUCUUCGCCCACACAAAGGGCCAGAGGAAGGAGGUUGAGGUGUUCAAAUCUGAGGAAGCCCUGGGCCUGACCAUCACGGACAACGGAGCUGGCUAUGCUUUUAUCAAGAGAAUCAAGGAAGGGAGUGUUAUUGACCGGAUCCAAGUCAUCAAUGUGGGGGACAUGAUCGAGUCUAUCAAUGGACAGAGUCUUAUCGGCUGCCGGCAUUAUGAGGUCGCCAAAAUGCUCAAGGACCUGCCCAAAGGCCGCACUUUCACACUGAAGCUUACUGAGCCCCGGAAGGCUUUUGAUAUGAUCAGUCAGCGGUCUGCAGGAGGCAAACACAGCGGGAGCGCUCAGCUUGGCACAGGAAGAGGCACCCUGCGGCUUCGGGCCAAAGGACCAGCCACUGUGGAGGAACAGCCAUCUGCAUUUGAGGAAAAGGCCAUCGAGAAGGUUGAUGAUCUUUUGGAGAGUUACAUGGGCAUCCGUGACACAGAGCUAGCUGCUACCAUGGUGGAGCUGGGAAAGGACAAACGGAAUCCUGACGAAUUUGCUGAGUCCCUGGACGAGCAGCUGGGGGACUUUGCCUUCCCCGACGAGUUUGUCUUCGACGUCUGGGGAGCGAUUGGCGAUGCCAAGGUUGGGCGCUACUAGGACUCUGUGCCCUCUGCUGGACCCUGCAGGCAGGACUACUAGGCAGGCCACUGGUGGGCCUGGCACACCACUGUGCCCUCACUUCGAUGCUGGGCCACACCUGCCUCCUUUCCCUAGGGGCUGGAGAGGCCCUCAAGCAAUAAGUCACCUGCAUUAAUGACUGGAGUGUAAUGUGAAUGGGGGCCAGAAUCACUGCUGCUGACCACCUCUUUGUGCAUGAGGCUCCCUCAGAUCUGAACACAGUCUGCUAGGAGUCCCUUGCUGCCAGUUCUUGGCUUCUGCCACUCUGCUCAUACAGUUUGCUGUUCUCAGGGAGAUGCAGCUGCUCUUUGCUGGUUUCCAGGCCUAGCCUUGAACGAGGAUAUGCAGGCAUCCUGAUAGACAGUUAGUCUGGGGGGAAUCUCACAGGCGCUCUCGGGCAACGGAUGAGGCUGGGGUGAGCUCGGAUGGGUUUGGACAGCCCUGACACAACCGUUUGGAUGGGUGGCCAGGUGUGGCAAAAGCUCCUCACUGCAUAUCUGCUCUGGAUAGGCUAAGGGUACACACACACAUCCCCCUUAAUCCAACAUGAACAUCCUCCGCUGGUCCAGCCCCAGCUUCCAGUACAAUAUGCACUGGGAAGCUGCUUCUCUUGCCGCGGGUGGACCUCAUUUCAUAGCUGCUCUCUCUUGCUUGAUCCUCGUAGCUUGGCUUUGGGUAGUAAAUGCAAAAGAGGCACUCAGAAAUCAGAGAGCAUCAGAUUACAAGGUUAAAAAAAAAAA